AUGGACAUCAAUUACGACGGGCUGCUGGACGAGGCGUUUUUGGGGGCGACGGUGCCGGGGAUGACAACGCUGGGCUCAACCUUGCAGGGCUUGUCAGAAGAGCCUGGACACAGAGACCUCAGUCCGCCGAGUAGUGCGACAAGCACAGCAGCACCGGCAGGGGCGCGCGGCGGCGGAGCACCCGGAACUGGUGCUGCGGCAGGAGCAGGAGGCAGGAGCGAGAGCGGCGACCCCGGCAGCGCAGCCGCGACAAACGUUGCGGGCUUUCCCGCCUCCAGCAGCAAACACCGUGUGCGUCUGCCGGCCAGUUGCGACCCGCCCUCGCCUGACACGCCGACUAAGCCAUUGGUGUGGAUUGUCUUUGGAGGCACAGGGCACAUGGGCCGGUCGCUCGUCAAAGCGGCACUUGCCCACGGCGACUACGUGACGACAGUCGGCCGCAUACACGAGACGUCCAUGGCAGCCAUGCAGGCCUUGGCAGCCUCGGAAGCGGAGCAUGGUCCCGAUGGCGAUGGUCCAUCACCAGAGCCUUUGACGGCAUCGCCGUCACCGUCUUUGUUUUCACCAGUGCCGGGCGGCGCAGCGGCCAAGAAGAAAAUGCGCUGUCUCGGCACGCUGUGCGACGUGCGCGCGCGCGAAUCCGUGGAGCGGGUUGUCCAGCGCACGCUGGCCCAUUUCGGGCGCAUCGACAUCGUUGCCAACUGCUCUGGAUACGGCGUGGUGGGUGCGUGCGAAGACCAGGACGAGCACGAGCUGCGCAACCAAUUCGAAACCAACUUCAUGGGCACCCUGUACAUCCUGCAGGCGACGUUGCCCAUCUUGCGGCGACAACAGGAGCUGCUGUUGCAUCAGCAGCAGGUCCAGCAGCAGCAACAGGGGACGUCACAGCAGAAUUACAGUCCCGCUGGUGGCGGCGGCCGCUACCUCAUCUUCAGCUCCACGGCGGGCGCACUGGGUGUACCUGGGCUGGGUCCGUACUGCGCGACCAAGUAUGCGGUCGAGGGGCUCAUCGAGGCGAUGCUGUACGAGGUGGAUGCCUUUAACAUCAAGGCGACCCUGGUGGAGCCGGGUCUGAUGCGGCGCGACGACCGCCAUCUGGAUGCGAGCGAACUGUCAGGCGACGGGGCAGGCGGUACAGGCAACAACAGCGCACUGGGUCGAAGCAGCGGCAACCGGGGCGACAACACCAACCCACUGCCCACCUGGGGUCACUUUCUCAUCAAACCGCCCAGCGAGACCUACGCCAACCCGUCUGCGCCGUCGCUGCAUGCGACACGCAUGGUGCAGUGGCUGGGUGACCGCCAACCUGCGAGCGUGGUGCAGUGUGCAGAGCUUGUGUGGCAGCUGGCUCACUGCUCGUUCCCGCCGCUGCGGCUGCCUCUCGGCAGCUACGCCAUUGAGAGCAUCCGCGACCGUAUGCGCUCGGUGACAGAGGAGAUUGAGGACUGGAAGCACCUGAACUUUCCUUUGCCACCUGACGCGGCGGCUGUUUCUGCUGCUGCUGCUGCUGCAGUUCCUCCCACGACAGCAUCAGCUUCGACAGCUGUACCAACGUUAUCAGGACCAGCGGCGUCGGAAUUGCUUACGGAUACGACUGCGGAACUACCAACAUCGACAGCCGGUGCGACCAGCUCAGUAGCAAUUGGGGGAGAGGAGCCAACAGUCAGCGACAAGAAGGAGGACCAGGACGAGGAGAUGUUGGACAUUGGCAGCUAA